GUCCCCAAUUGCUCAAUCUUCCCAAUCGACGCGCAAAGUGAACCGCCACACGCCUGAAUCGUCUUCUUCUUCAUCGGAUCUGGUCACAAUUGGGACAGAUCUGCGACUCGCCUUAGUCGAUUCAAGAAAGAGGGGACUGUGAAUCUGCGAUUAACGAAAGAGGGGAGCGUGACAUAGCAUAGUACUUCUUGAAGAAUGUCUGUCUCUAUGGCUUGGGAACACUGCACGAAGCUCAAACCAAACUCGAGUAAUGAUUUAGGAUGCAAUUUUUGUGGUCGUAUAAGCAAUGGUGGGAUUAGAAGAUUUAAACAACAUUUGAUCGAAGGGCAUCGUAACACAGUAGAAUGUCCUACUGUUCUAGAAGGGUUGAAGACAAGUCUCCGAGACUUGGUUUUGAAAGAGGCGGGAUCGAGCAUCAACUAGUAAUCCAAUAGUUCAAGAAGUUGACGAAGAUGAGAUAUUACCAUUUUAUAUUCAUAUCUUAAAUUUUGAGACUAUAUUUUAAGUUUGAAUUACUUCUGUCUUUUGCUUAAGUUGUUUUACUACUAGCACCUUGGAUCGUUUUGGAUUUGGAAUAACUUCUUAUUUGUGUUUUUAUUUCUAACAUGACUAUUUAGGUCAAGUAUUCUACUGUUUUUUAUUGAAUUCAAGUCUUAUACUGACCUUCUUCUGUCUCUAACACUUUCCUUCUUCUAUCUCUAACAUAUACCUAUGUAAAUCUUAGUUAUGUUGUGUGACUAGUGUCCCGUGGCAACGCCAUAUUUGCGCCAUCGCCAUCGCCAUGAAUGUCGCCAUGCGCCAUGACAACUAUGGUUGUGAUGAUGAACUCAACACUCAUGAUGUUCGAUUACAAAAAGAGCUUAAAGAGUUGCGUCAUGCUCAAGAAGCGGAGCAUUUAGCUCAUGAGGAGGAGCAUCGUGCACAAAAAGAAAAAAUUGAACACAUGGAGAAAUCAAUGGAGCUUAUAGUAUCACGUCUUGCAGCUAUUGAGGGUCCAAAAAAAAGCGUCGUCCUCAUCAUUCUGACAAGAGUGCUCAUGGCUUUCAAGAAAAUCCUCAAUAGAGCGCUUCUCCAAGAUAAAAAGAUGGAAGUAGCUCUUCUGUCUGCGAAAGCCCAAAUUGUGAAAAGUUCCGACAACUCCUACCGAAUUGAAAUUUUGGAUUCUCUAGUUCAGGGCCUCUGUGUGACAGAACCUGAAAUUCCGUGUUCUGUUCUGCGGUAUUGUUUGAGAAUUGACGGUAUUAUGCCUUCUUCUAGUACUAUUUACCUGUUGCUCUAUCGUGUUUGCUCUCUUGGAAUGAUCGAUGGGGCUAUUCAGGUGUUAGAGCUGAUGAGUGAUAAGAGAAUGAAGUACCCUUUUGAUAAUUUUGUGUGUAGUUUUGUAAUUUGUGCUUUUAUAUGCUUUGGCAAGCCUGAACUUGCUGUAAGAUUCUAUGAUAAUGCUGUAAACUCGGGUUCUUUGAAGCCUAAUGUUUACACUUGUACUUCUGUAAUGAGUGCGUACUGUAGAUUAGGUAGAAUCAGUGACGUCUGGAGUUUGGUUGAAGUGAUGGGGAUAGAUGGCUUAGCCCCUGAUGUUGUGUUUUACAGUAACUGGAUGUAUGGGUACUUUAGGGAAGGAAGGGUUCAGGAUGCUCUAGAGAGAUACACCAAAAUGGUUGAGGGAAACAUUACAUUGGACACAGUCAGUUAUACAAUACUUAUAGAUGGGUUUUCAAAGGAAGGGUUGGUGGAGAAAGCAGUAGGGUUCUUGUACAAGAUGAGAAAGGAUGGUUUAAACCCCAAUUUGGUCACUUAUACUGCAGUUUUGCAAGGAUUUUGCAUGAAGGGAAAAUUGGAUGAGGCAUUUUCAGUGCUCAAGUUGGUUGAAAAUCAAGGGUUUCAAAUGGAUGAGUUUCCCUAUGUUAUUCUUAUUGAUAGGGUGUGUAGGGAAGGUGAUUUUCACGGUGCUUUUGAGCUGCUGGGUGAAAUGGAAAAGAAGGGUGUAAAGCCCGGUGUUGUUACAUACAAUGCCAUUAUCAAUGGAUUGUGCAAAGUGGGAAGGACAAGUGAUGCUGAUGAUCUUUCUAAGGGCAUAGUAGGUGAUGUUAUUACAUACAGUACAUUGUUACAUGGGUACAUCCGAGAGGGGAAUCUCAUGGGGAUAUUAGAGACCAGAAGGAGACUGGAGGCAGCUGAUGUAUGCCUAGAUGUUGUCAUGUGCAAUGUGUUGAUUAAAGGAUUGUUUUUGAUGGGUUUACUUGAGGAUGCCCGUUCUGUGUAUGAAGGAAUGCAAGAUUCAGGUUUGGAGGCAGAUGUUGGUACUUACUCCACCAUGAUUUAUGGAUAUUGCAAGGCUGACCGGAUAGAUCUUGCACUUCAGAUAUUUGAUGAAUUUCGGACGAAAUAUACUUCUUCAGCAUCACCAAAUUUUGACAAGUUUCAUAAAAAGGGCUCAGUCACUGUUGGGUUUUCUGGAGCAGUUUUAAAGGCCCUGACAAAAUAUGGCAAGGUUAUUGAUGCUUAUAGGCUUAUAACUGAAGCAGGAAAUAGUCUACCAGCCAUGGACGCGGUUGAUUAUACGAUUGUGAUUGAUGGCCUUUGCAAAGGAGGUCAAGUUCUCCGGGCACUACAUCUUUGUGAUUUUGCUAAGAGCAAGGGUGUUACUCUUAGUGUUGUCACAUACAACUGCAUUAUAAAUGGGCUGUGCCAUCAAGGUUUUCUUCUUGACGCAUUUCGGCUGUUUGAUUCCCUGGAGAAGACUAAUAUUUAUCCUUCAGAUAUCACAUAUGGGACACUCAUUGCUACUUUAUCAAAAGUUGGCCUUGUACAAGAUUGCAUUAUGUUGCUUGAGAAGAUGUUGCUCAAGAACAUUCCCGUAAAUAUCCAUAUUUAUAACUCCAUAAUUAGUGGGUAUAUUAAACUAGGUGAGGUACAGAAAGCUGUGGAGCUUCUCCGUGACGUGGAAACAAAUGGUUUCAAGCCAGAUGAAUUUACAGUCAGUGCAGUUAUUAAUGGAUACAGCCACAAAGGUGACAUGGAAGGAGCUCUUAGUUUUUUUGCUGAAUUUAAAGAUAAAAACAUAUUACCUGAUUAUUUAGGUUUUAUGUACUUGAUUAGAGGGCUAUGUGCUAAGGGAAGGAUGGAAGAAUCUAGAAGCAUUUUAAGAGAAAUGCUUCAAAGUGAACAUGUGAGCAAUAUACUUGACAGAGUGGAUGCUGGAACUGAAGCUGAGUCUGUACAAAAAAGGCUAAAUGAGCCAUAUGCUAGGAAAGCUUUGGAGAGCAUUGAAUUCAAGAAUAAUGUUUUGGAAAGAAAAUCGUGCAGCGAAGGGGAAUUAGAAACAGAUUUCGAAAAUGAUUCGCGCUCAGAUCGGAGUAAUAUCUUCCAUCCGGAGAACUUUGAUGCUUACUAUUCUUUGAUUGCGUUGCAUUGUUCUAAGGGGGAGCUCAGUAAAGCAAAUGUACUUGCAAAAUGCAUCAUGAGUUCCUCGUAGGAAAUUUAUACUUACAGCAAAAUGUAUUGUCUACCUUUGCUAGGCCACAAGUAUUGGCACUUCGUCUGUUGCACAAAUGUGGCAGGCUAUCAUGACUCAUGUGCACACUUUUGUUAUUUUCUGGGUUUUACUUCAAACCAAAUCUACCGCUACAAAUUCAGAG